ACUGUGACGGUGCACCAUCUGUAUCUGACGGGACUGUGAGCUUAACCUCUACAACUACCACUUUUGGAUCAACUGCAAGUGUCAACUGUGACUCUGGAUAUGAUUCAAGUGCAGAUACAAUAACGUGCCAAGCAAGUGGAGUUUGGCAGACACCAACCUGUACCAUCAAAGACUGUAUGAUUCCACGAUCAUUUCCACAUGGAGACUCUGACACUUCAAAUGGAACAACUUUCGGAUCUAUUGCCAGCAUUCGAUGCGAACCUGGAUAUACGCUUCAAGGUGAUCAGUUUACAGAAUUAUGCCGUAAUCUCACGUAUCCUCAGAAUGGUUAUAUUGACACUAGUCAGAAGUCCGUUGCAGUGUAUUCUUGCAUCACCGGAUAUGAAGUUAACGGAUCCAGUACAUUAAUUUGUACUAUUGACGGACAUUGGGACAAAGCUAUUCCGACAUGCACCAUUAAGGACUGUGGUGUUUUACAAGAUCCAGCAAAUGGACAAGUCACUUAUGCCAGAAAUAUGACCUCUUACGGAUCAAAUGCUACAUAUUCAUGCCAAUCUGGAUACGACAUUAGUGGUCCUAAUAUCAUAUAUUGUAAUGCGUCAGGACAUUGGAGCGACAAUACAACGUAUUGUCAGAUAAAAGAUUGUAAAAACUUGACAGACCCGCCAAAUGGAAAAGCCGACAUGUCGAACGGCACAACAUAUAAGUCAGUAGGAACAUAUAGCUGUAACACCGGUUACACGCUACGUGGCGAAAACAGAACUAUAUGCACACAGACAGGAAAGUGGAGCAUUCAUAGAGUGAACUGCAUUAUUAAUGGUACUAUGCAAGCUUAA